UCUCUCUCCCUGCAGUAUGGCCGCCGACUUGUAGCUGCGAGUUAGCUGCCGUCACAAACAUUAGACCAGAGCUGUACACUUUAAAACAUGUCGGCUGUACUUUUCCUGAGGAGGUCGCUCAGCAGACUGCCUCCGGGUGUCGCCCGGCAGGUCGUUGGCUGCUGUUACCACACCGAGAAGGGAGUUUACGGAUACCGACCCAAACAGACCGACAGAGACCACAAGUUGCAGAGCGACCGCAUCGCUGCACUAAAUCAAGAUCAUGGUCUUGCCCGUCUGGUGGAGGCGUACAGAGCACAUGGACACAAGGCUGCUAAAAUUAACCCCUUACUACCCCAACAGCCUGUUGCUGACAGUGUCCCGGAGAUAAGCAUGCUGAUUGGCACCAUGGGAGCACAACUCAACACCUCAGGUCUACGGCACUUUGGAAAAGCGGAGGCUUCAGUGGAGGAGGUUCAGGCCUACUUGGAAGAAGCCUACUGUGGUCACCUGUCAGUGGAGACCAGCCAGCUGAGCAGCCUGGAGGAGAGGGAGUGGUUCGCUGAUCAUUUUGAGGAGCUGAAGAGGAAAAGUUUCUCCACUGAGGAGAGGAGGCAGCUGGCCAAGAUCAUGCUGGAGUCUCAGGAAUUUGACCACUUCCUGGCCACCAAGUUUGCUACUGUGAAACGUUACGGAGGAGAGGGAGCAGAGAGCAUGAUGGGCUUUUUCUACGAGCUUUUCCACCAGUCGGCCCACAGCGGAGUCACUGACAUUGUCAUUGGCAUGCCCCACAGAGGCCGACUGAACCUGCUGACAGGCCUGCUGAAGUUCCCACCAGAGCUCAUGUUCCGUAAGAUGCGCGGCCUCAGCGAGUUCCCUGACACCUCGCCCGCCAUCGGUGACGUCCUCUCGCACCUCACGUCUUCAGUGGAGUUGGAUUUCGGAGCCGGACACCCUCUUCACGUGACCAUGCUGCCCAACCCAUCUCACCUUGAGGCCAUCAACCCGGUGGCCCAGGGCAAAACCCGAGCCAGGCAGCAGCUCAGGAAAGAAGGGGACUAUUCACCCGAAGACAGCGCCCAGCCAGGGGACCAAGUCAUCUGUCUGCAGGUCCAUGGUGACGGCUCUUUCACUGGUCAAGGGAUCGUUCCAGAAACUCUGACCAUCUCAAACCUCCCUCACUACAGAGUCGGUGGGAGCAUCCACCUCAUUGUGAACAACCAAGUGGGUUACACCACUCCGUCAGAGAGAGGGAGAUCCUCUUUGUACUGUAGUGACGUCGGUAAGAUGGUGAACUGUGCUGUGAUCCAUGUGAAUGGAGAUGAUGCAGAGGAGGUGCUGCGGGCCACUCGGCUGGCUGUGGAGUACCAGCGGCGUUUCAGGAAAGAUGUAAUCCUGGAUCUGAUCUGCUACCGUCAGUGGGGCCACAACGAGCUGGAUGAGCCUUUCUUCACCAACCCAGCCAUGUACAAGAUCAUCCGCUCCCGUAAGAGCGUCCCUGACUCCUACUCAGACCAGCUGAUCUCUGAGGGUCUGAUGACCGACGCUGAGCGUGACGAGAUCAAAUCCAAAUACUACGGCGCGCUCAACGACAAGCUGGCCAACAUGACCCUGUACAGCCCACCACCCACCAACCUGCAGGGCCGCUGGGGGGAUCUGGUUGAACCCCAGGAUAGAGUCACUACCUGGGACACGGGUGUCCCCAUCCCCCUGCUGCAGUUUGUAGGAGCAAAGUCUGUGGACAUCCCUGAGCAAAUCCAGCUGCACAAUCACCUUGGAAAGACCCAUGCACAGGCCCGCUUGCUCAAGUUAGAAGAGGGCACCAAACUGGACUGGUCCACAGCAGAGGCCCUGGCUUUUGGCUCUCUCCUCAGCCAAGGUUUUAGUAUUCGAAUCAGCGGGCAGGAUGUUGGAAGAGGCACGUUCAGUCAACGUCAUGCCAUGGUAGUGUGUCAAGACACCAAUGACAUGUACAUCCCUCUAAACCACAUCAGCCCCCAGCAGACGGGUUUCCUGGAGGUGUGUAACAGCCCGCUGUCUGAGGAGGCGGUGCUUGGAUUUGAAUACGGUAUGAGUAUCGCACAGCCGAAGCUUCUUCCCAUCUGGGAAGCUCAGUUUGGAGAUUUCUUCAACGGAGCACAGAUCAUCUUUGAUACCUUCAUCACUGGGGGUGAGGCCAAAUGGCUGCUGCAGUGUGGGAUGGUGAUCCUGCUGCCUCACGGCUACGAUGGAGCCGGACCUGAACACUCUUCCUGCCGUAUGGAGCGUUUCCUCCAGAUGUGUGACAGUAAAGAGGAGGGUGUGGACAGCGACAGCGUGAACAUGUCUGUGGUCAACCCCACCACUCCCGCUCAGUACUUCCACCUGCUGAGGCGACAGAUGAUCCGAAACUUCCGCAAACCUCUCAUCGUGGUCGGACCCAAGACGCUGCUCAGAUUCUCUGGGGCAGUGUCCAGUCUGACUGAACUGGCACCGGGAACGUCUUUCAAACCAGUGUUAGGUGACACUUCAGUAUCAGCAGCAAGUGUCCAGAGGGUGGUGCUGUGCUCGGGGAAGCAUUACUAUGCCCUGCUGAAACAGAGGGAGGCAUCAGCAGCAAACCAGAACACGGCGCUCAUCCGUGUGGAGGAGCUGUGUCCGUUCCCACUGGAGGCUCUGCAGCAGGAGCUCAAAAAGUACCCCAGUGCCAAAGAGUUUAUUUGGAGUCAGGAGGAGCCUCAGAACAUGGGUCCCUGGUCUUUCAUAGCUCCCAGGUUUGAGAAGCAGCUCGCCUGCAAGCUCCGGUUAGUGAGCCGACCUGCUCUGCCUGCCCCCGCUGUCGGUAUCGGGACCCUCCAUCACCAGCAACAAGAGGCCAUCAUCACCGCUACCUUCUCCUAAGACUCAACAAGACAGGGAACCAAAAUAAACACCAGUACACAAGCUUCAGUACUACACUACAUACUGAAUCGGCUGUGGUCUUCCCAGCGUCAUCACUAAAGAGCAGAGCUGCUGCGCGACAGAUACGUGGGACCUUUACAUGAUGUGGACGGGCGGUUUUUAAACAAAUUGGUCAAUAAUUUAAAGGACAAAUCAAAAGAAGUGAUGAAAAGAAUAGUGUUGAUCAUUUUAAUUGUGCUCUUGUAGUCAAACAGGUUUUAAUUAGUAUAUGGAUGUGGUUUGAAGUCAAGGCCUGAAUUGUGGUUUACUUGUUUUUUCCCCCUCCUCUCAUUGAACACAAGUUUUCUUUCUUUGUUUAAGGCACUAUGCUAAGAGCAAAACACAUUGCUAAUUUGGUUCAGCUCUGAAUCGAGGCCUUAGAGACAAUGUUUACAAUGUGACUGUAGAACAAAAAGCACUUUUAGCUGACCUUCGUAUUUGGAGCGCUCAGGACUGUCUCUUGCCUGUCGAGCUGUACAGGCACAUUAUAUUUACGGAGAUGAAACUGUCUCUGAACGAACAAAGGAGUUGUUAUCAUUCUGACUGUUAAAUGUUUAUCCUGUCUAUCAGAUAAACGUCUGGACAUGUCAUGGUACUACUUGAUUGUUUAAACUGAGACUUGAGUUCACCGGUUUUAAAGGGCUAAUUGUAAAUAAACAAAAUCACAAUA